AUGCCAAGCUAUGUGAAGUUCAUGAAGGAUAUUCUCACAAAGAAAAGGAGGCUUGAAGAGUACGAAACAGUAGCAUUAACAAAGGAAUGCAGCAGCUAUGUCUCCAACAACUUGCCUAAAAAAUUGGAAGAUCGAGGUUCUUUUACAAUUCCAUGUACAAUAGGAGAUAGAUACAUUAGUAGAGCCUUAUGUGACUUAGGCUCUAGCAUAAACUUAAUGCCAACUUCUAUCUUUAAAACACUUGGAGUCAAAGCCUCUGCAACCACAGUUACUCUCCAAUUAGCUGAUAGAACUCUUGCAUUCCUUGAUGGAAAAAUAGAAAACAUCUUAGUUAAAGUUGACAGAUUGAUUUUUCCGGCUGAUUUUAUAAUCUUAGACUGUGAAGUUGAUGAGAAUGUGCCUAUCAUAGUGGGUAGGCCAUUUUUGACCACAGGGGGUGCCAUAAUUGAUGUUAAAAAUGGAGAACUAACUAUGAGGGUCAAUGAGGAAAAGAUCACAUUUAAUGUGUUAAAAGUAAUGAAUUUUAUUGAUGAAGAUGUUGAUGACUGUUCUGCUAUAUCUGUUAUAGAUCAUAUUGUUGCUGACUAUUCUCCUGUGAAUAAUGAAUUUAACAAUUCUGAAUUGGGCAGCAUUGAACAGAUUGCUGAAAAUCUAAAGGAAAGUGAGCUUGUCUUAGCUUUAGAAACUAAACCAACAAGGUUUUUUGGGGAUAAACAAUUUGAAUCCUUAGGACUACAUGAAAGGUCCUCUAAACCUUUAAAACCAUCAAUUGAUGAACCACCCAAGUUAGAAUUAAAGGAGCUACCAAAUCACCUUAGGUAUGCCUUUUUAGGAGAGGAGAAAACUCUCCCAGUCAUUGUAUCCUCUGAACUGAACUUGACAGAGGAAGAACAACUACUAAAAAUCCUUAGAACGCAUAAAAAAGCCAUUGGUUGGACCAUGCUGAUAUUAGAGGAAUUAGCGCCUCAUUUUGUAUACAUAAGAUAA